AUGACGUCGAGCAGAAGCGCAAGAUGGAGGCGACGGUGGGGCCCCCCCAAAACUCAUCCGACCCCUCCCCCCCGGCCCCCCCGCCCUCGUAGCCACCCUUUGCUCCUGUCCAAUCAGCUGCCGGGACGGACUUUCCUGCCCCGCCCCCAACGCCCCCCGCCCCCCCCUGCAGAAUUAUCUGGAGAGGGUUUGGGGGAGGGGACCCCCCCGGGGGUUUCCGUGAUGGGGGUGCCCCCCCCACCCCACCCCCCCGCCCCCAAAUCCCCCUCCCCCCGCCUGCUCGGAUGUCCCCAUGUCCCCUCCCCCCCUGUCCUGGGUCACACCAGUUGUCCUGUGGUUCCCAGUUUGGUUCUCCCAGUCCUCCCAGUUCCAGUUGUAGAGUCCUCCCAGUUUCGUGCCCUUCACCCCAUUUUCAGCCCUAGAGCCCCCCCAGUUCCAGCUCCGGGUCCCUCCCAGUUCCCUCCCAGUUCCUCCCAGUUCCCCCAGUCCCCUCAUGUUCCCACUUCUUCCCUAGAGCCCCCCAGUCCCCUCCCAGUCUCAGCUCCAGUCUCCCAGUUCCCUCCCAGUUCCAUCCCAGUUCCCUCCCAGUUCCAUCCAGUUCCCUCCCAGUUCCCCCCAGUUCCCUCCCAGUCCCCACCCCAGUCUAUCCCAGUUCAUCCCAGUCCCUCCCAGUGCCCUCAGUCCCUCCCCAGCCCCAUCCCAGUCCCUCCCAGUUCUCCCAGUUCCAGCUCCAGUCCCUCCCAGUUCCAUCCCAGUUCCAUCUCCAGUCCCUCCCAGUUCCCUCCCAGUUCCAUCCCAGUUCCAGCUCCAGUCCCUCCCAGUCCCUCCAAGUUCCCUCCCAGUAUAUCCCAGUCCCUCCCAAUUCCCUCCCAGUCCCCCUCAGUCCCUCCAGUCCUCCCAGUUCCCCCCAGUCCCUCCCACUUCCCCCAGUUCCCUCCCAGUUCCCCCAGUCCCAUCCCAGUUCCCUCCCAGUGCCCCAAGUCCCAGCUCCAGUCCCUCCCAGUUCCCUCCCAGUUUGUACAGUCCCAGCUUCAAGUCCCUCCCAGUUCCCCCAGUCUCAUCCCAGUCCCUCCCAGUUCCCCCAGUUCCAUCUCAGUCCCUCCCAGUUCCCUCCCAGUCUCCCCACUCCCAGCUCCAGUCCCUCCCAGUUCUCCCAGUUCCCCCAGUCCCAUCCCAGUCCCUCCCAGUUUGUCCAGUUCCACCUCCAGUCCCUCCCAGUUCCCCAGUUCCAUCUCCAGUUCCCCCAGUUCCUCCCAGUCCCUCCCAGUCCCUCCCAGUCCCAUCCCAGUCCCAUCCCAGUCCCUCCCAGUCCCCCCAGUUCCUCCCAGUUCCCUUCCAGUCCAUCCCAGUCCCCCCCACUGCCUCCCAGUUCCCUCCCAGUCCCCUUCCAGUAUAUCCCAGUCCCUCCCAGUUCCCUCCCAGUCCCCCCCACUGCCUCCCAGUUCCCUCCCAGUCCCCUUCCAGUAUAUCCCAGUCCCUCCCAGUCCCCCCACUCCCUCCCAGGGCAAAAUACCCCCCCAAAGGGGGUAA